AUGGCCAAACGAUCCAACACGGGCUGCAUUACCUGUAGAAUUCGACGCGUGAAAUGUGACGAGGCCAAGCCAGAGUGCCGGCGGUGCCAGGCCUUCAAGAGAGUGUGCGAUGGCUACCUCUCCGAGGCGGUCGCCAUACCGCGACGACGCCUCGCCCACGCCGUACGCAACCUCUCCGUCGUAGGCCCCGUCUCUCGCGCGCUCUCGCCCCUCGUAGUUGCUCACGCCUCGUCUUCGCGGGCUUCCCUGCCGUCGUCCCCCUCGGGUUGGAACCGGGACCUCAUCUUCUUCGACCUCUUCCGCCACUCCACCGCCCCGAGCACCGGCACCUUUUCCCUCUCGAGCUUCUGGUAUCGGCAACUUCUCCAACUCGCCCACAGCGAGCCCGCGAUAUGGCACGCGGCCGUGUCCAUCGGCGCGCUGCAUCAGAACCUCGAUCUCGAAUUUUCGGGGAGGACGGAUGGGGUCCUCGUGCGGACAGCGAUGCUGCACUACGGCAAGGCGAUGGAGUUAGCUAAGGAUCUCAACUCGCCCUCCAAGGUCCUCGCCCUCAGCAUCGCCCUCAUCAGCUCGGCGAAUCUCCUGUAUCUCUUCUCCGACAUCUCAAACCACCUCAUCGCCGGCCUGAGAAUACUGCGGGAGGCCAGCCUCGAGAAUCUCGAAACUCCCCACCUCGCUGAGGUUUUGACCCGGAUGGACAUCAACGCUAUGACCUUCAGUGACUCCCAGUCUCCUUACCCUUACGCCGACGCACUUUCCCUAAGGGGAGUUGGCGACGGUAUGCUCCGCGAGAACGAAGACAUCCUCUCCUACGGACAGGCGACGUCGGCACUGUUUGUCCUGCUGAGGAGGCUAAUACUUCUCGACGAGAGCCUCGCCUACGGGCUGUACUUACCAAGCGAGUUCCAUGCGCACCUACAUCACGACGAUACCUCCAUCGCCCGCCUCAACAUCCGCUUCUGGCACGUCUUUCUUCGCCUCGCCAUCAGAAGCUCCUUCACGGGCAACGAGACCCGUUGGGACGCCCAACUGUCUUACAUGGAGCGUAUGGCGAACCUGGGUGCCGCCAUCGCCCGCCUUCUCCGCGAGCGUGCUGCUCCCAGCCUGAGCCUUGAGCCGGGAGUCAUCGCGUCGCUCUUCUUCCUCGCGCAUCGGUGCCGGCAUCCCGUGCUGCGGCGCAGGGUGCUCGUCACGCUGCAGCGGAUCAAGCGGCAGGAAGGGAACUGGCGUAGCGACGUGGCUGCCAUGGUCACGGAGCAGAUCAUUCGGACUGAAGAUGUUGCAGCGCGGGCGCUCGCGAGCGCUUCCGCCGGCGGCGGCAGCGACGGGGGGGACAAGGCGCCGAUAUGGCCGUUAGACGAGGCCUCGCUGGUCGAAGCGGGCUUUUUGUACGAGCCGGACGACGAGGAGGUGGAGAGGCUGUUGGCGAUUCCCUGGCAGGCUUGGUCAGGGCCCAACUUCCGGCCGCCUUCGAAGCUGAGCUGGAAGUCGGACGGGACUCCCAUACCGCGCAUUCCAGAGUUAGCUCGCGUCAAGAUUGUGUCCGUAUGCACAUUAUUUGUCGAGAGGCAGGUCCGGCUCGAGCUGCUGAUGAGUUCGGCGGGCCCCUCGAGGUUUUCCGGCACGAAGAUAAAUUCCGUUAUUCCUUUCUAGCAUAGACACGUAACAACAUGUGUAAUAAUAACCUGGACCACUACCAGGCAAAAAGCGAUAGGCGCGGCGUAACAGCCCCUAUAACCAUCAUUUACCUACACAUCGCCAACACCU